UUCGGUUUUCAAAUUUGUGUUGAACAAUGUAAAUAAAUAUUUGAUUUAAAACUUUUACACAAUAUGGUAGUUAUUAAAAUGGAUCAAAAUUUUCCAACCAAUAAUAAAAAACAAUCUGAAAAGUGUCCAUCGGCUGUUUUAAAUGCAGUCCCUAUUAAUUUUGAAAAAAUAAAAUUUGCAGAUCUGAAAACAGGAGAAAACUACCAAGACAAAGCGAUUAUAGGGAAAAUAUGCCAGUUAAAUCCCAUUGGAAAAAGAGCAAAUGGUUUUAUACGGAAGCUUGUCAUCUCUGAUGCUCUUGUUGAAGAAUUUGAAAUUCCACCAAAAUUAACUGUCUUUUUACUUGAUCAGUUUGCUCAAGACUCAAAUGCUGCUGAAUUAGAGGGUUAUAUAAUCAUUGCAAACUUUUUACUUGAAAAGUCCACCCUUAAUAAAGGUAAUGAACUACCCUUUCAAGUUCUGGUCAAAAAAGAAGAAACUCAGGUUUUGUUUGGUCGAAAAAUUCCACCUGAUGAAGCAAAAUCAAUCAAAAACAUUCAAAAACCUACAAAGAAAAAGAUUUAUCAUAGUAAAGAUAGAAAAGAUGUACAAACUCACCAAAAGAAACAAAAGGUUUCAAAUGAUGAAGAAUCACAUAUAAUUCUUGCAAAUAGUUAUGAAUAUGUCCCUAUUGAAGCAUUACAAGAGUCUGAAUCUAAAAUUACCUAUAAUGUAUAUGGAAUUGUUGAAAAAUGUAAUUUGAAAGUUAUACAAGGUAAAAGAACUCAAAUUUUGGAUUUAACCAUAACAGAUGAAACAGAAGCUGGUUUUAACUGUUCUGUGUUUGGUGCCAAGGAUGAAACAUUUCCCGAUGUGUAUCCUGGUGAUAUUGUGCGCAUCCAUAGAAUGCAGGUUUAUAAAUUCCGUGGCCGGUUGAAAGGAAGAUGUUUGUCCCCGAAAUUUAUAUUAAUAUUCAGUAAAAACAACAAAGAUCAUAAACCAAAAACAGUUGCAAAAUCUUUUACUUUUGUACCAGAUGACUCAGCUAGAGUUAAAGAAUUAUUUGAUUGGUAUAAUAAAAUGAGUGAACCAAAAUUAAUAAGUGAACUAAGUCGGGGAGAUUAUGCUAAUAUUGUGUGUCAGGUAAUUGGUGUUUAUUGUUCCAAGAAAACAGAAACUGUAAUUCUAAAAAUUUGGGAUGGAACAAAAACAAAUCAAUUUGAAAGCUCUCAUUGGGGUCUUAAAGAAGAAGUUAUUGAUGAGAAGUUGUUUACCAUUGCUAAGAACCAUUAUGUUGUUUUAUUUGUUUAUGGUCAACAUAUUGCAUCUGCUGCUGAAUUAAAGCCAGGUCAAUAUAUUGAAGUUCGUGAUGCACAUCUUUACUGUCCUGCAACAAAUCCAGAUGACUGUAAAUUAUGUUUACAUACUGGAACAAAAGAAGGAAGAGGUAUUGAAGUUUUAAAUGAAGAGGAUGAGAAAGUAAAAAAAUUAAAACAACGAUUAGAGAAAAUAGUUGUUGAUGUUAUGGAAUGUGGAAAUCAAACAGAUGACUUACUUAGUCAAAAUAACAGCUUGUUUUUAAAUUGUGAUAUUUCUGCUUUUACUUCAAGUCAAAAACCAGCAGAAUCACAGAUCAGAAAUGAGGAAGAAGAAGUUGCAACUGUUGAGGCAUUAAAUAAACCAUUGAAGACGAGUACAGAAUCUCAAAAGACAGUUGUUUCAGUUUUAGAGGCUGCUGUGAAACCGGGUCAAUAUACACAAGAAUUUGGAGUAGGAUCACAAAGAGAAGCAUUGAAUGUUGAAGAAGAAAUGCCUGCUUCGACUCAGGAGGCAAAUGAAAAUAAACCUAGUUUUCCACCUUUUUCCGAUGAUAGUGAAACAGAGUGGUGGAAAUCAGUGCCAGCAGUAUCAGCUACUGAUGAUUAUUCUACAGUAAAGCCUUCCACUUUAGCAGAGAUUAUUCAACAUGAUGUACCUCAUAAAUUCAGAGCUUUGUGUGCUGUUUUUUCUUACAGACCCAACUCCUCUGGGAUUCAGAAACUUAUACAUCUUUGUUGUCCUAAGUGUCUAUACAUAACUGAAGAUGCUAUGCCUUCCAUCCCUCCAUUUGAAGAACGUGAUGGACUUUUUUAUUUUUACUGUCCAGAAUGCAGCAUAAAAGAAGCUGACAAGAAUGAAUGGCCUGUACUGAAUUAUAUUUACCUGAUUUCAUUUGAAUUGCAUGAUGGAACUGGUUCUUCUAGUCUUGAAACUCAUUUAUGGGGAGAAAAUGCUGUUAAAUUUUUCAAAGGUAUUACUCCUGAGCAAGCAUUGAAGGACCAGGCUGCUUCAGAUUCAGUCUUCCAGAUGUUAUGGGGUGUUUGCCCUAACUGCAGACCAUUCAACAGUACUGAAAAUAACUUUUCUGCAUAUCCAAUAUUAGAUUGUUGUAUAUUAUCUUAUACUACUCCUGGUGGCACUUGUUAUCAGAUAUUUGGCACCAGAUUAUUGUAAAUAAUA